GACCCAAAUCCGAGACUAGGGAUACCUAGCGCAAGGCGCACGCUCUUAACAGGAGCGACGGCUUUCGGUACAGGUCUCUUUCUUGGUUUCUCCAGUGGCAACAGAAUGUCGGCCUAUCGUUUCCGCGCGGAGAACGCCCAUCGACAGCCUAAGUCUUCACUGGAGUGGUGGCAUUACUCAAAGACACGGAGAUAUUACGGUAUUGUCGCAGGUACCAAAGAAGGAUUCAGAAUGGGAAGCAAGUUGGCUGUCGGCGCCUCAAUCUUUAGCCUCCUCGAGUGGACAGUGGACCAAGCCCGACACGAUCAGCAGGACUUUGUGUCAACAGUCGUGGCGGGGUUGUCAUUGUCAGGCAUUCACAGCCUGUGGGCUCGGCACGAUAUGUUCACUGCAGCCCGCACCGCUAAAAUCAGUCUAAAAGCGAGUCUGACGUAUGGACUGCUUCAGGAUGCCCUCGCAUACUACAGGGGCUUCCCACCUCAUUAUGUCCAUUUCAUUAUGGGC